GGGUUUCUUAUUUUUCCAAUUUUCAUUUCCCCCCUCUCUUCUUCUAUUUGAAACUUCGUUCCUCACAGUCUCCCGACUCCCUCCCUUCCGUCGCCAAUGGCAUCUUCUUCAGAAUUCUCCUCUAUCCUCUCAAUUCUUGAAUCUUCCGAUGACCCCAACAGAAUCCACACUCUUGUCUCCGACUACCUCCGUCCCUUCGCUAAUCUCCUAAAUCCGAAGAAACCUUCAAAGAAAAGGGAUCGAUCAGAAGCUUCCGCCGUCCGAUCUCUUGCCAAGCAGUUUCUUAACUUCAUCAAUAAAUCCCUCUCAAUCCUACCCAGACGCUUAUCCAAACAGAAUCCAGAUGGAGCAGCUCUGUUUCCUCUAUUUGAGACGUAUAGACUGUGUUUGGACUGCCUCGAAUUGGUGUCUUCGCAGUUGGCUUGUGGUGCCCAUGAGGUUCAGAGCCAGAGGGUGAGGCUGCUGUACUGUCUGGAGGCUUGGGGCAAGUAUGCGGAGGCGGAGAGUGAAGGGUUUCGGGUGUUGGAAAGGCUCAGGAGAGGGCGCGAUUUGGAGGGGAAGUUGCCGCCAAGGGCAGAUAGUCGAGGUGGCCCCGGUAAUGCGGAUUUUGGAAAGGUGCUGGUGGAUGCUGUGGCGAACAUUGUGAGGUGCGUGGCGAUGAGGCAGAGUAAGGAUUCUGCGGACUACUGGAGGGUACUUGAUUUGGUGGUAAAGGUUAGACCUUGGUUCAGGUAUGGGGAAUUGCUUGUUUGUUUAGUUUGGAUGAAUGGAAAUACCCAUUGGUCCGUUCAGUUAUUUAACAACAUUUCUUGUUCUCGAUCAAAGUUCAAUCCAGGAUGCUGUUAUUUAGUAUUCAAUCCAGGAGGAUUAAUUCACGCAAGAGUGUAUUGUCAUGAUAUUUGGACUAAGAGAUGGUACUUGAGUGUAUUGUCAUGAUAUUUGGACUAAGAGAUGGUACUUGAUUGCAAAGUAGUCAAUAUUGUACUAGCAUGCGUACCGAUUUUGUUACUGAAAUAGUACGUACCGCAUAUCGAAAUUUUUCACUUAUCGUUUCAGAUUUAUUCUUAUAAAUAUAUAUUUUUAUAAAUU